AUGGUGCUGCUGCUGCUGCUGCUACUGCGACUACCGUGGUCGGUGUGGGGGGCCGAGGCGUUCUGCGGAAACACCCCCGGAGAGCCAGUCACCCCUCACUGGGUCCUGGACGGAGGAGCCUGGCGCGUGGUCACGCUGGAGGAGCCGGUCUUGAAGCUCGACACAGGGCUGGUAGCCUUGGAGGCUGGAGGCCAGGAGCUCCUCCUGGAGUUAGAGAAGAACCACAGGCUGCUGGCCGCAGGAUACACAGAAACCCACUACAGCCCAGAUGGGCAGCCAGUGGUGCUGGUCCCCAACCAGAGGGAUCAUUGCCAUUACCAUGGGCACGUGAGGGGCUUCCCGGACUCCUGGGUAGUCCUGAGCACCUGCUCUGGGAUAAGGGGUCUGAUCACGCUCAGCAGCAAUGCCAGCUAUUAUGUGCAUCCCUGGCCAGCUGGGGAUGCCCAGGGUGCCUCAACCCACAGGAUCUUCUGGACCGAGCAGCUACUUAGCUGGAAAGGGGCCCGUGGCCAUAAGGAUCCUGAAGACAAAAGGAAGAUGAACAGCCUUUCUCCUGCCACCCAGAUCAGGGACUGCCGGGAAGCCCAGCGAAUCCCGAAGUACCUAGAGCUGUACAUAGUGGCGGAUCACGCCCUGUUUGUGACCCAGCACCGGGACUUAAACCACACCAAACAGCGGCUUCUGGAGAUCGCCAACUACGUGGACCAGAUUCUCAGGACCCUGGACAUUCAGGUGGCGCUGACCGGCCUGGAAGUAUGGACCGAGCAGGACCAGAUCCGCAUCACGCCGGAUGCGAACAACACGCUCUGGGCUUUCCUGCGGUGGCGCCGGGGGCUGUGGGGGCGGCAGCCACACGACUCCACGCAGCUGCUCACGGGCCGCGCUUUCCGGGGCGACACCGUGGGCCUGGCACCCGUGGAAGGCAUGUGCCUCGUAGAGAGCUCUGGAGGCGUAACCGCGGAUCACUCGGAGCUUCCCAUCGGCGCUGCAGCUACCAUGGCCCACGAGAUAGGCCACAGCCUCGGCCUCAGCCACGACCCCGACGGCUGCUGCGUAGGGGAGGCAGCGGAGCCAGGCGGCUGCGUCAUGGCAGCAGCCACUGGGCACCCGUUCCCCCGCGUGUUCAGCGCCUGCAGCCGCCGCCAGCUGCGCGCCUUCUUCCGCAAGGGGCGCGGCUCGUGCCUCUCCAACCCGCCGGGCGCCGGGCUCCCGGUGCGGCGGGCGCGCUGCGGCAACGGCUUCGUGGAGGAGGGCGAGGAGUGCGACUGCGGCGCCGGCCAGCCUGAGUUCUGCACGGGCGCCUCCCCCCACUGCCCCCCAGACACUUACCUCCUGGACGGCUCGCCCUGCGCCAGCGGGGGCUACUGCCGGGACGGCGCGUGCCCCACGCUCGAGCAGCAGUGCCAGCAGCUCUGGGGACCUGGCUCCCGCCCAGCACCGGAGGCCUGUUUCCACGUGGUGAACUCGGCAGGAAACGCCCAUGGCAACUGCGGGAGGGAUGACGAGGGCGGCUACGUGCCUUGUACGCAGAGGGAUGCGCAGUGCGGGAAGCUGCAGUGCCAGGGCGGGGAGCAGAGCCCACUGGCACCACACACGAUGCCGGUGGACUCUACCCUCCGCCUGGACGGCCGGGAGGUGACUUGCAGGGGGGCCUUCCUGCUACCGGGUGCCCAGCUGGACCUGCCUGACUUGGGCCUGGUGGAGCCAGGCACCCAGUGUGGGCCUACAAUGGUGUGCCAGGACAGGCGCUGCCAGAACACUACCUUCCAGGAGUUGGAGCUCUGUCUGACCGCCUGCCAUGGCCAUGGGGUUUGCAACAGCAACCAUAACUGCCACUGUGAUCCCGGCUGGGCUCCGCCCUCCUGCGACAAGCCAGGGGCGGGUGGCAGCCUGGACAGCGGCCCUGUGCAGCCGGAAAACCACGACGCCUUCCUGCUGGCAGUGAUCUGUAGCUUCCUACUGCCUCUGCUUCCUGGGGCCGGCUUGGCCUGGUGCUGCUACCGGCAGCGCGGAUCCCAGCUUCAGCACGGCCUGUGCAGCCCAAGGAGGGCCAGUGGGCCCAAAGAUGGCCCAUGCAGGGAUCACCCCCUGGGCAGUGUUCAGCGCCUGGAGUUGGGCCCGAUGACCACUGGAGAGCCCCAACCCCUCAACAUUGAGAUCCCUGCCAGAGCCCAACAGCCACCUUGAGAAACCUGUGCCCUGUGGCCCUACCUGCACCCAAGCAGGUCAAGUCCAGAAGCCAAGAUCCAGUCUCUGGUGAGAGGGGGAUCUGAGAUGAGGACACUUAAAAACAGGUGGCUACUGACACUUGGACCGCCAGGGGCAGAGUCAGCAAAUCAGCUGACCGGGACCUUCAGGCAGCUUGCGAGUUUCUUCCCCGAGUUACCUCCGCCCUACCCGCUCCAGGACCCCAGAGCCUCAUCAGAGUUUGCCCAGUGCUCUCUGUUCUUUAGGGCUGGAUCAUGCCAGCCCAAGAAUGCCUCUGUUAUGUAAAACUUCCCAGGUCUGAGAGACCAAAGAAAGAGGCGACAACUCCAUCAUUACCAGAGUUUAUUAAGGGAACAUACACAAGGUACAUCUUGGGCAGCGGCAAGACCAAGUGGAUAUCCACCACACCAUGCGGCAGCCGCUGAAGGGUUGUAUGAGAUGGGCAGGAUGGAUAGGGGUGCUGGGCGUAACCCACCCAAGUAAGGGGGAAAGGCCUUACACGCUUGCCCAGGGGAGGGGGAGGGCCUGUUCCAGGAACCAGCAUGCCUGGGACAUGGAGAGGGGUGAUCAGUCUCUGAGGGGAUUUAUGGGAAGCAAUCUCUGUUCUGACCCAGAGGAUCUGGCAGUGGUCAGGAAGCGCUCAUGUCACGGAACAGUCUCUCCUUCACACCAUCAGUCCAGGGAACGAAGCUCACAUAGUCACUGACUUCCUGUCACGGGGGGGGGGGAGGUUAGGUCACAUGGGAGAGGCCUCUAACUGGGGAUGUGUGCUACCUGCAGCUCUGCAGAGGGCAGUGUCUGCUGGGCCAGAGCCUGGACUCGGGGCCCCUACAUUUCAGACUGAGUCCACUUCCCUGGAGCCUGGCCCCUGCAAAGCAAACAAAAUCCAUGUGACCUUCCUUCCUCCCUUUUCCUGCCCUGUCUUGUCCCCUAGAUGGUUCCUCAGCCCCAUCCCAGUCCUAGUCCUGCACCUGAGGUUUUGGAGGAGUGUGGGGUAUACUGCAGCCCCCUCACUUUGGACAUUAUUGAACCUCUCCUCCAUUCCCUGGGCGGGGAUUGAGGGAGCCAUGUUAGAAAGGGCACCAAAGGGACCCUGUGAGUCUUUUCUGCCUGUAAAUUCAGCCCCGUGGGGCUCCCUGAGGGGUGAUGGCUGGUGGGUGAAGCCUCAGACGGUAGCCACGGCCCCAGAUGGACCUGGGUGUAAGAUGGUGUUGCCUUGCUUGAAUGAUCUCUUUGCCCCACCUCACCUGCCUCCCUUGGACAGUCUCAGAAGCCACUUAGUCUCUUCCCUUGCUGCCAGGGUUCUUGUCCCAGCAUCAAGAAGGGUUCAGGGAUCUGGAGAAGGCUGUGCGUAGAUUAAAGAGUCCAGAGACGAAGUAUAAUUUUGAAAGGCAUUUGGGAGUCAGAGGAGCUUAGCUAAAGGAGCUAAGAUCCAAGAUCUAAAUUCUCAGUUCUUAAGUCUAAGGUCUAAAAUCUCAGGUCUCCUCGUCCCAGGACCCCAUGGUGGGGAAAAAAGUCUCCUCUCAAUGGGAAGAGUGCAGAGUCAUAUUUCAGGGCGUGUGAAGAGCUGGGGAAUGGUGGCAAGUGUCCGAUCCUCCCAUCGGCAGCACAGGAGAGGCAGCCCCCAGCUCAGGCUUGCUUUCACUCCGCCAGCCCAAGAGGCUGAAUGAGACUGUUUUCUAAAGUCCUGUGUUCUUUGUACCUGUGAGAUUUUGAUUUAUAGAGAUGACUGCGUGAGGACCUGGAGAGAUGAAUGCCAUUGAAAGGAGUUUUUUUUAUCACUUACAGUCCCCAAGAAAUGGGGGCAUGCAGGGCUGCGUGGGGAAGCACCAGGCUUGUAAGGAAAGACGAGAGCUACCACAGAC